AAAUAAUUUAUUAUUAAAAAAUAACAAUUUUAAUGACACAGUAGAGGAUGGCUCAACAAUCCAGAAGUAUCUGGGCUAUGAUAAUACGUAACUUUAUUAAUUCAAUUAGACCUAGACAAAUACAAGGAAACCUAAUAGGAUCAGAUUAUUUUGGUAACAAAUAUUUUGAAAUACCACCAAACCCCUCAAUAGGCAAAAGAAAAGCAAAUAGAUGGUUUGAACCACCUGUAAAGGAUGAUUUUAUGCAGGAAAUGCCUGCAGAAUGGGAGGCCUGGCUUAGAGGGAGAAGACAAGAGCCCCCACUUGAUGAAGAGGUUUUGAAAAAUCUAGCAAUAAUGCAAAUGAAGAAGAAAAAUGCUAUUGCAGUUGAUGCUAAAGGGGGUGUGAUGACGCCUCUAGAAAAGGGAAUGGAAUCCUUUCCCAGAAGACCUGAAUUUGAACAAGUACCUGGAGGAAAGAAAAGUAACUAUUAGCUUUAUUUUAAAACAAUGUACCUAAAUAGAAUUAAACAGA